AUGACUGCCGAAGCAGCCCCAGCCUCAACCCUAGGCUCUGAGGGCCAGCUCCAAGAGGAGUAUAUUGACUAUUCGGAGGACGAUUCGGCAGCUCCUGCCGUCGUCAUAAAAGGCGCCAACGUCACCUCAGUUCCCGCCGAUGCCCACUUCGUCGCUGAGGAAGUGGGAUACGUUGAAACGAGCACCUUAGAGCCGGAACACCAGACCAUCGACGAACAUGCCGAUGCAGAAACUGAUGAUGUUUCUGUUGCCGCCGAUGCAUCGCUACAGCCCGGCGACCUAGACCCCACUGAUGGGCUUGGAGUUCAUGACCUUGAUUCUGUUAGCGCGAUAGAAGUUGAAGACUCUUACGUAAACGAAGAUGAAUCUCUUGCCUACGCCGAUGUUGCCGAGCCCGCAGAUGCUUUGGUCGCUGUGAAUGAGAUCAGUUGGGAAGACGGCCCGGCAAACGAUGAGGACGUAGCCCAGGACGAAGAAAACGAGGGCGAGGACGACCAGGCCGAGAGCAACCAGGACGAGAGCAACCAGGACGAGAGCAACCAGGACGAGAACAAUCAAGAUGAGACCCCCAUCACCCUUGAGAAAGAGGAAUGGGAACUAGUGGAAGAGAGGGAAGGGUUCCCACAAAGCGGCCUGAGCCCCGCGAGAAAUGCUGGGGAACAAGAAGAAACGGAAGCCCACGAAGCCGACCAAGAGCUUGCGAAUUCUUCAAAUAAUGCAGACAACUUGGGCGCAAACCUAGACCUGUUUGACGUUAACGAUGCCGGUGCUGGUCUAGAUGAACAGCAAGCUGUCGAACCCCAAGACGAGGAAGUCAAUGACCUGCACGAGAUAGACUUCAACGACGGCAGCAACGUAGCAACCGUCGAUGCCGUAGUGGACGCCAGUGAUACUCAACCAGAGCAUCCUCCAGACCUCCAAGAGACCGACGGCGAUUUCCCGACGGAGCAGGAUGUUGAGGAUCAUCCAAUGGGCGAAGAUAUGGAAUCGCAGCCCGAGGAAGAGCUUGAGAGCAUCAUGGCCGUUGCCAACGCUGACCAGGUCACUGACGAGGAGACCCCUGAUGAUGUCGUCAACACCGAAGACUACGACGCAGCUGCUGAAAACUCAUCUAUCCGCGAGCACGUGGAAUUCGAUGACGAAGUUCUUGCCGACGAGCGAUCGUCUGUAUCGGUAGAGACGCCCACUAACGAAGAGAUGGAAAUCCCUGUCGUCACUGUCUCGUACAAGGGCAUCGACUAUCCUUUCUUCUAUGGGUCCCCGGACAGCCAAGGCAAAGAGUGUUUUUUCAAUGACCUGUCUUUAUUGCACUGCAAAAUGGAGGGCGUAUUGGCAGGCUUCCGUCGAGAGCUUGCCAACGAGUUGGGCCCUUUUGACGAGCUUGUGUUUCAAAUCGACGAGCUUGGCCUUGAGUUCACCGAAUCUAGCCAAGCAGAGGUCUUCUCGGACAUCACAUUGGGCCAGAUUAUUUCCGUGUUCGACUCACUGGUCAAAAACCAGAAUGCCGAUGCAUCCAAGCCACUUUAUGCAUACCUGACAACGCGGCCUAAUUGCAAGAAGCGCUGGCUUUCGCUCGUUGACGAUGCCUAUAAUGGCAAAGGACUCGAUGAAAUUAGCUACUAUUUCGCAUCUCGCGCACAGAGCGAGGUGCCCGAGAUCAUGGAUGAUGAGCCUGACCUGAUAGGAGAAGAAGAUAACGCUGAUGCUGCCGCUUGGCCGCAAUCUCCCGCCGAGAGCGGACACGGUGAGCACAAUUUGGAUGAUGCCGAAGGCGAGAAUGAGGAGAUCAACGAAGACGACGAUGUCGGCGAUGGCAUCACUGGGGAAGACGAUAUCCAGUCGCAGAACGCCACUGGGGAGGAUUCCUUGCAGCCAGACGAGAGCGCUAUUUCGAUGCUGGAUGUUGAGGCUACCAUGGUUGAUACCGAGGCUUCUUUGAUGGACGAAUCCACCGCAGUUGCAGACAUGAGCGUCGUUGAAGACGGCGACGUGGAAGAUGUAACGGAGGAUCAGCAGCCCCAAGAGAAUGGGGAGACAGGUAAUGACGACCUUUCUCAUGUCACUCUGUGCUUCUACCCUCAUUUCUGUCUCUGCGCCACUUGCACUUCGACCAUUGUCGCAGACCAGAUGGCGGAGGAAGACGAUUUUCGGUUCGAGUCCUUGGUGCGAGUGACCAAGGAAUCUGCUCGACAGCGAGGGCGUUCUCCCUUCGGCAAUUUGCAGUUGGCGCUUCCCGAGGGACUGCUCUCGCAAAGAACAUUCCGCCAUUUGCAAUCUUAUUCAGAAUCCAGCAUCACAUUUUCUUCGACUGCAGACGCUGACGCUAGAACCCAAGCUCCAGAGAUCGAUGAAACCGACUUACUCGCGUUGGGAACUCAGGAAGCGGCUGCCCUCAGCACUGCUGCUGACGCACAUAACAUAUUUGACGAUGCAGACGCAGCGUUCAUCGCAGAUCAGAUCGUCGACAACGCCAAUGAAAGCUCCGCAGAAAAGGUAACCCCUAACACCAGUGCCACGUCUACCUUGAACGGGGACGAAGAGGUCACCUACGAGAACGAACUUGAUCUGAACGCCGACCUACUUGAUACCGAGGACCAUGGACCUGAGGCCACCGUCGAAGACGAUGGUCUAGCAGAGAUUGACUGGAGAGAAUUUUCCGGGCAAGGGGAUGAUGAGAUUACCGUAGAGUCCCCUUCAGCCUCUGGCAAACGCCAGAGGUCGGAUGUGGACGACCUGCUGGAUGCUGAAGCUCAACAAGACGUCAAGCGUCGUCGCCCAUGA